AUGGUUAUAACACAGAUUAUAAUCCUUUUCAUAUCAAUAUUCAACAACCAUGUCUCGGCGAGGGACUGUACCGUUGAUAUCCUCCGUCCCGAUUCAUAUUUCUUCAAUUACUUUUAUUAUUAUUACGACGACAUUCCCACGAGACUCAUAGUUCCAAAGGAAAAUAUUCAUAUCACAUCCAUAAAGGAAGGUGACAAGACGAUAUGGAAUGCUGGACGUGGUCCAAAGUGCUUUAUGUUGACUAUUCGUCUGGCAUCAGACCGUCCAAUUUUAUUGCAUAUAUCAACACUUUCUCAAGAGUCAUCGGGGUAUAAUUUAUAUAAAGUGGCAGGAGAGUGGAGGUUUGACUUGAUUGACACUAAAGAAAAAGCGACUAAGGCCCUUUUCGAGCAAAGGCAUAUCCCAAAGAACAGGAGGAUCUUCACUCUGGACUUCUUCAUUACCAAAGAAGACGAUCAAUUUGCUGUGAUGAGAUUUGAUAUUUUUAAAAUACCAGUGCGUUUUCAUGUUCCAAAGCUAGCUCAUCAUGCUACUGAAGUUGUCUACAGAAGAAGCUCCCUUUGGAAGGCAACCAAAAAGGAUGAACAUUGUAUCACAGUUGCCUCUCAUUUAAAGAAUCUGGAACCGAUACUCAUAUGCGUUGUAAUUAGCGAUUACAAUGAAAUAACUGUUCUGUACUUUGAGAAAAAGGACUACUUUUGGAGGAAGCUAGAUCCUGCCAACUUCGAAACCAGACUUAAAGAGGCAUUUGAUCACGUUUGUCGCUAUGCAAUGGAAGAAAGUCGAGGUCUUGGGGACAAAUUAGGUGGUGUCGAGGAAAUGAUGGAUACAUCUUAG